UCGUUGUCUUCGCCUUUAGAUAGCUUCCGCACACACCAAGGUACACUUAUUUGAAAAGGAUUUAUUGCUAUGAGCUGCCUCUCUAAUAUCCGUGUACUGUAGCAUUGCCUGUAGAUUUCAGCGCAAUGGCCAACAUUUUAACGUUUCAAACACAAAUCGCCUCAGUUAUGGAAGUGCUCGCAAACGCCGCUGUAGCAGAAAUCUGCAGACUUGUUGAGGACAGCUAUGCCGAAUUACAGAUCGAAAUAUCCCAAAGACAAAAGGAGAAUAACCUCCUUAAAAAGAAAUUGAAAAUGAUAGAAAUCCGGGAAUCGUUUUACCGCAGAGCGCAUAAACUGAGGAGCGCGUCGACUAACAUGACCACAACAACUAGUGCUCACGACAAAGUGUCAGAGCGAAUCGUGAGAGUGAAAGUGGGUUCGAUGAAUGAUGAGUGUAGUGAUGGAGAGGGAUCAGCCCGCUCGGGUGAGGGUCCACUACAACCCAAAACACUUGAUCAGUCUGUAAGGGAUGAAGAGCCAGAUGUUCUUAUCAUUAAAGAGGAGAGAACUGACAACAUAAGGGGUGAACAGUCUGACGGAGAAGCAAGGCUUGCUGAAAAUUAUAAAGAGGACCCCCAGUCUAGAAAUACAGGGGUCUUUGGAACAGUCAACAGAGAUAACUUAAUUGACCACAAUGCAGAUCAACAUUGCCGUCGAGAGUCCAAUGGCAUGCAACCUGAUCUCCCUAAGGAUGAAAACCCAGAGCUGAAUGUGACAGAUGAAGACACACAUAUACUCGGUGUUGAAUCCAGAAUGGAGAGACACUCUGAUGGAGAGGCAGAGAUUAACCUGCAGUCUGUUACCUCCUAUGCCUCAUGGGAUUCCAGGAGAUUUGAAGCAACAGCAAAAAAUCACUCAUACACUGAAGCUGAAUGCAACGCAGGGCCUUCUGUAAAUCAAUACUUCAUGUACAGAGGGAGUGCAGAUCCCACGUGUUCUUAUACAACUCAGAUAGACUCUAAUGGCUUGUCUGUACCUGAUGUGGAUAGCCAUGUACCACUCACUGAUGAUGCUGUUGGACCUGAGAAAGUGGUAAUUUCUCAGUCUGAGUUAUCGUCAUAUACACCUUCCUUUUCUUUCAAACAAUCAGACACUCCUCAGAUGCACAGGAAAGACAAGUUUAUGUGUAAACACUGUGGAAAAGCUUUCUCUCAACCUAGCACUCUCCUCUUGCACCAGAAACUUCAUGCCAGGGAGAGGGCUCACAACUGCACACUCUGUGGUAAAAGAUUCAGUCACCCAUCUAGUCUCAAAAGACACCAAAGCAUUCAUAUGGGAGAGAAACCCUUCAGAUGCCUGCAUUGCGGGAAGCAAUUCUCCGAUCCAAGUAACCUCAAGAAGCAUGUGAAUGUUCACACUGGUGAAAAACCUUAUGGUUGUAGCCAGUGUGGAAAAAUGUUCAACCAGUCAUCUAACCUUAAAACACACAUGAAGAUCCACACACGUGAGAAGCCUUUUGGUUGUGAACUGUGUGGAAAGAUGUUCGCGUAUAAAUACAGCUUGGUGAAACACCAACAGAGAAACUGUAUGUCUCAGCUACAGUAAAUCUUACUGGACAGAUUUAGGCUUUGUUCAGCAGUUUGAGAUGACUUGCCUAGUCUAUUUCUCAGUAGACAUAACAGUAUGUAUGCUGCAGGAGGGGAAAGGUUUACAUACAUUGAAGAGAACAAUACAAUUCCAUAUUAAAACUCUUUUACACUGCUGGACCCUUAUGGCAAUUUUCAUCACAUUCAAGGUGGGUUUCUUAAAUUGUCUUAGCAUCAUACUGUAUUUAGUGGUGCAAUGUAUGAUUGUUAACAGUCAGAAACAUUAUUUCAACUAGAGUAAUCAUACCUGCCAAGUAUUAUCAACCCUUUACAAAUUGGAAGAAAUUUAAAAGAUGUUUUUUACAUUUUAACUACUGUAACUUGCGUGUAAAAGGCUGUUAAAGGGUUAGUUCACCCAGAAAAUUUUAAUUGUCAUAAUUUACACUCCUUCAUGACAUUCUAAACCUGUGUGCCUUUUUUUCUUCUGUGGAGCACAAUAUGUGAUACACCUUGCUUUUCUUUCAAACAAUCAGACACUUCUCAGAUGCACAGGCAAGACAAGUUUAUGUGUAAACAUUGUGGAAUAAUGUUCACACUUUUCCAUACAUUGACAGACAUACAGUGAGCAUGUCCAGUCAAGCUCCAAAAAGGAAAAUCUAUCUCUCCAUCACAGUCCUCAAAUCUCAUUCACAUUCAUACUAGCCAUUGGUUGAAACCAAUUUAUAAUAGUACUAAAAUUAUUUGACCACUUUCCUAUUAGAUGGUCUCUAAUAGCCUGUGUUCGUUUUUCUAAAUCAAAUCUAAAUUGUUGGUUUAUGAUAGGGUGACCAGACAUCCCGGUUUACCCGUGACAAUCCCAAUUUUAAAAGGUGUGUCCCGACAAUUCUCUAAAAAAUGUAAUUAUGUCCCGGUUUCAGCUGGUAGGCGUACUUAUUUUUUCUUCUUAAAUUAAAUAUCCUCAUUGUCCUUCUCGCUAUUGUCUCUGAUCUGUUUUGACCUCACUCAGACCGUCACCAUGGUCUUACCUUGAAUGAUGCCAUUCUACUACCUGUUCUCGAGACCAAAAUGACAACAAAGUCAGGUGACUGACCUUAGGGGGUUGGCAGCGGAUGGGCUUUUUUGCCUGUUCCUCUGUGCGUUCACACAGAGAAUUGGUUCAUUCUUUCCUGAGCUGACUAUAUUUAAGCUGGAUGUUUAAAUAUUUUUGUAUGAUUUUAUGGUUUCUCUCUUUGUGAAGCUUUAUUACUGCUGUAUGCUAUUGCUAUAUGUACACUAGGGGUGUGCUGUGAAGCCAUUAUCUGUGCUAAGUCAAAAUUAUCUGUAUUUGGAUAGAACCAGACAUGGGUGGGGCUUAAACCGGAAGUGCGUCAAAACUACAUAAAACGGCCAUUUUAAAUGUAACUAUUACAUUUAUAGUUUCUAUUAAAAAAAUAUGCCAUGUAUAUGCCUAGUUAUAAAAAUAAUAAUUUUUUUCUAUUAUUAUUAGGCUAUUAUUAUUUAAUUGUAUUAUUUUAUUCUUUUUUUCUUUUCUUACCAGAUAGAGCUGAAUAUGUAGGGUACAUUAACUGAAUAUUUUGUUAACUGUGGUUUCUCAUUGUGUUUCUGACAUUAAAGCUGGAGUAUGUAAUUUCUGCGACACUAGGUCCACCGAACGGAAUUGCAAAAAUAAACGUUUUUAAAACAGCUUUCUGAAUACGCCCCUUGCCUGCAGUUGUCCAAACAGUCAGAUAGUCCUGCCCCCAACUCACGCAAUUGAGUGCGCGGAGGUAGGCCAUCCAAUCGUUGCAUUUGGGCCGAAUGAAAUGAAAUGAUUGAAUGGGCCUUUUACAGGCCUGUGACUGCCACAGAUAAUGGAUUUUAUUUUUUUUAUUUUAUAUUUUUUGUAUCAGAGCACUUGAUUUAUUGAUAGCUGUCAGGAUGCAAAGAGACUUUCAACCAGUAUAACAAAAAAUGCUUCUGGUAUAAAUUGCAUACUCUAGCUUUAAUAUCUGUUGAAACAGAAUUUUCGUUAUUCGUUUUUCAUCCGUGCAUGUAUAACAACAUUAUUGUGGAGGUGCAAGGGGUCAAACAGUUGUGAUAUGUCAAGCACACAUUUAGCAGCGAAUAUUAAAUACAAAUAAAAAAACAUUAAAAGAA